AGCAGGCAGUGUUUGUGUUUCAUGUUUUACGAUUUUAUAGUAUGUGGUUGAACGAGAAAAAAUAAAAUUGAAAUAAUUAAAACGUCCAUCUAAUUUUAAUCCCAGCUCGUGUGUAGUUGAACCUAAUUUUAUCUAAAUGGCAUUGUGAAAGAACUAAAUAUAAUUGUGUUAAAUCGUUAUAAUGUUUCGUCUUUGUUUCGGAAUAUUUCGACCAACAUCAGUUUCGUUUUGGGCUGGAAUUACCAUAUUUCAAUUAUCAGGAAUUUGGAUAAAAUUAUCUUGAACUUUAUUUCAGAUAAUGAAUUUGUUUUUUAUCGUCCAUCCCUCUGUGGUUGAAAAAUGAGUUCGAGGCCGAGCUCCGGUUCUAAAUUAACGUCGGGGCAUAGAAGAUCGGAGUCGAGUAGUCAUCACAGACAUAGUUCAGGUAGCUUCGUUCAAAAUAAAUCCGAUUCUGGUCAUAGCAUCAAUUCUGAAUACAAUGCUAAUCAAAAAUACGGACAUCACAGGUCGAAAUCUAAUGUGGCCGAAAGAGAGAUGGAAAAAGAAUCGACGGUUACGCCGAAAUCUUCCCUUAGACUCGAUUUUCGUUCUGAGGGUCGUAAUACCAGACCUACGUCUCUUUAUCCGCUCAGAUCUAACGAUAGCGGCAUUAUAGGUCACGAUCCUGUCCAACCGGAACGAGAACCCCUAAGGUUCGACGUAACUUUGGUUGGAGCGCCCCCGGAAGUGGAGCAGCUAGUUAACAAUAUAAAACAGGUCGCCGAGCAGUUUUUGUAUCACUGGAAGACAUUUCCCAUAAUUCUUCCUAGCCCUGUAUCUCAUUGCGAUUUGUUUACGACAUCUCAGGUGUCUUCGGACGGGUCUCUAGGUAAACUCAAAUCGAAAUAUCAUUUGAGAGAUCUGUUUAUAGCGCCAUCUUUUGAUGAACUCGACGCCGUUGCUGUUGAUGGUAAGGGGGAACCGAGGAGAUUGACUGGGAAGCAGCUUGAGUAUAUCAGGGAAAGGGGCUUGCACAAGGACAAAUUUGGAAAACCAAAAAGAUUGAAGCAGGAACAACUAGAAAGUAUUAGAUUAAAUGGUGUUUUCGAAGUGGAAUCGUUGAAUUUUCCCGGACAAAAACACAAAUGGAAACUAUCUCAAUUUUUACAGAAGGGAUUGUUGAAUAGUAACGAUUCGCUAUUGAACGAUUUAGCUUUAGCUGUUAGGUUCAUCGUUGUGACUGCCAAAGGAAGGCUAGUGUCUCAUUUCUUUAGCGUUUCUCGAGCAGCUAGUGCCUUGUUGGCGGGAUUCCUUCGAAUUCUGGAUGUUCUUAUAGGGAUACCCAGUCUUCAAGCUCACAAUUUAGAUGCUAAACUUAGAGAAGAGAGAAAUAAAUAUCUUGUUGCCGAAUUAGUGUGUAGGCCCGAAAACGAAGAUUCCCUCGAAGUGUUGUGUUCAUUUAUCCGUAAACAGCUGCGAAGGGCCGCGACGGAAAAAUUCGAAGUUACAAGAGAAUGUUCCCAACCGCCCGUUUCGGUCCCCUACAAAUUCCUAACGCCCUCAGGUUCCGAGUUAGAUUUGAGACUAUGGGACAGAUCCCUAAUGAGAAAACUACUCCCGAUAUUAGUUUCCAUAUUAGAAAGAGAAACUAGAGGGUGGUUUCUACAUUUUAGAGAAAGACUGAUAGCAGAAUUGAGGACUCAAAAAAUGCCAGACGAGGAUAUCGAAAAGGAGGUAAACGAGGCCGUGAUGAAGGAAUACCUCCAAAGGGUGUACAACAGCAUCCUGUCUCACCCCGAUAUCAUGGCUCUUGGAGAAGAUUUUGGUCAAUUGUUGGUGCAACAAGCUCAGAGUGUGGUUCUGAUGCAUCGAGCCGUCGAGAACGUCCAACAUCGUUUGAACAAAUCCCAAGAGGAAGUGAAAGUUCGAUUGUGUAACGCCCAUCCGGUUUUGUCGAGGAUCGGACCGUGGUUGAGGGCCAAACUAGGAGCGGCGGAGAGUAAAUUUAGUUUGGAGAAUCAGUGGAGCGCCCACGAAGAGGCUCUGAUGCUUUGUAAUUCCCAAAGGCUCGUCCAGACCGUCUAUUUUCUAAAUAGAGAUUUGACUUUUAUGAAAGAACGCGAACCGGCUUUGCUCAGAGAACUGCGCAAAGACAAAAUACCGACGAGGAACUUUUUGUGGCCGACCCAAAUAUGGUUACCGAAAAAUUGGGUGGUCCGACGAAAUUUCCAAGGGCAAUCCGAAAUCGUACCGACGGUCCUGAGCAAACAGGCGACCAGCAUCACCACCCCGAGAUCGGAUCCGAGUCAACCGGUGUUUUUGGUCGAAAAAGAAACGAUCCGGACGACGACGACGCGCUGGCCCCUUUGGAGGAUCUUCAAUUAUUUCCACCGCACUUGGUGCUGGACAUGGAACGCGAUGUUCUUUUUCGGCGUCGUCCUACCUUGGUGCAGCCCAGUCGGUUUGAGGGCGUUGUUCUGUUUGGAACCGUUCAUGGCCGAUCUGGAAUUGUCCCAAAUCAACGGGACACUUUUUCCUAGAAAGAGCAGCUUGACGCCGACCCUAAUGUCGAGAUUGUUGAAUCUGUGGAGGCACAUUUCCAAAUCGAGGACCCAUUUUGAAACCAAACCCGAUACCGGUUUUAUUGGGAAAGGACUCACUAGGCAUUUGAAUAGGAUUUGGAAUUAUUUUAUCAAAGGAUUGUUUGGAACGUUGUUGAUCGUUUUGGUGUUUCCCGUUGUUUGUUUUUUGGUGACUUUUGCGAGUUUUUUUGUUGCCGUGACUUCGGUCGUUUGGAUGCCGUGUCUGACGUUGGUGGUACAAAUUACUAAUUGUCUAAUUUACGAUCUGGACAGUCCGGAAUUGAAGAGGAACAGAUUUUUCGUUAUAUUCGAGGCUGUCUUAUGGAACAUAUUUAUACAGGGUUGCGUCCAACCCUUAAUCGCCUUGGUUGUAGCGGCGUUCAUCUGUCCGAUGAUUUCGCUCGUUAUUUUAGCCGGUGGUUUCGUACGUUAUUGGUUACGUCUUCUGUGGGACGCAAUAAUUUUCCACAUGUUGAUAAAAAAACGAGGCCGUAUACCGGCCAGCGACAGUUUCGCUGUGAAAAGAAUAGCGGGACCCGGUCUAGCUUCCGAUUACUAUUUCCAAAUCAGUCCGGAACAAGCGUUGGCUGCGUUCGAAGCCAAAAUGGAAUGGGACGAAUUGGCGGCUUAUCAAGCUCUCGUCGAAAAUACGAUUCUGCAACCCCAGAAAGAUUUUAGUCAUUUCGUCGAAGCUUGCUUCGGUAGUUUUUCUACUCAAUUAGCCAAAAACGGACCUUAUCGAAGUUUGGAGAAGGAGGCGCAAGAUUUGAUGGGCAUAUUGCACGAAAAAUUGGAAAAGAGAAGAAGAGAUUUGCAGACUGGACUCAAUGUUUCCGUUAAGAGUAAAGUUAAAUUAAGUACGCCAGAUCUGAAGGUCGCAAUCCAACAGGGAGCCCUCAUGUUAGAGAGGUUCUAUCCCAAACAGAUAAUACCAAAGUUGGGAUGUACGGAAGACCAAUUUUGGGACAGCAGGGCUCUGAGUCCCGGCGAUUGGGCGGGUUUGGCCGGUCUCUUAUAUUCCGAAUUAUUCAGUUUGGAUUUUUUGACUCCCCUAGAUCAUUCCGAUACCAGUUUCAGACUCGAUUCGCAUUCGCAAGUCGAUUUGAGUCGUUACACAGAAAUGGUUCAAUGCGCCCAAUUGGGUGCGGGAGGUCCGGAUCUGUUAGGGAACGUUUACACCCCUAGAGGAAACAUCCAAGUGCAUUCUCCCUACCUCGACGUGUCCGCAUUUAAUCCUAGAUGUAAAUCGACCGCAACCGAAAGAAAAACUGAAAAAACAGAUGAUUCUUCCGCCGUAUUGGGUUCGUUGAGAACGAACCGAAGGGCGACACUCUGGAUGCCCUGGAAGAAACGUAGCCGUCCUUAUUCUCCCGAUAAAAUGAUGAUACCUUUACCGAUACCUCAUCCGGCUCACAUAGCAGUUACCAUCUACAACAGGGAUUCCGAUGAUCCCAUACCAUUAGAAUCAGACAUAUGUCAAAGUAUCCUUAGAGGUAUAGAAGAAAGUCACGUGUCACCGGAUGACAGCGGUAUAGGUAGGUUGAAAGGAGGAAUCGAUUCAUUUGGUGGUACGACUAGUUCGAGUUCGAAUACGCUCGAUAGUCAACCGAUCGAAGAAUCGAACGAAUCUUCUGACGGGGGGGUUUAUCGAUGGACGUUGAGCAAUUGGAGCGGCGGCGUCGGCGGCGGUAGGAAGCGGCUGAAUUCCGGUAGCGUCCGCGUCGAUUUGGCCAGUCCGGAAGACGUAACUUUAGACAGCGAUAGUACCAGGGUGGUUUUUUGUACGUACGGUACAACCGUUUAAAUAUCAGCAUAAUUUUUUUAAUUUUUUUUCGAAUAAGCUUUAAAUAUGAAAUUAACCUUAAGAGUGAUGUUGUUGUUGUUGUCGUUUAUUUUUUUUUAUUGAUUUUUUUUAUUUUGUUUUCGCCAAAGUUCGACGUCAUAGUAGAUUUUUCGAUAACGAAAAAGCUUUAAAGUGAAAUAUUCGUUUUUGUAUGACAAUUAGAUUUAAGUAGGGGGGCGGGGGGGUAUUCGAUACCCCGCGAAUUUCGAAAUGUGGAAAUUUCGUUACGAUAAUCAAUUAUUAAUCGAAAACGUUUCGUAAUAUCGAUAGACCUAUUAAAAAUCGAUUUAUUUUUAGUAAAUUUGAGGUUAUGUUGAAAAAUUACGAUUCGGAGUAAUUUUAAUUUCAUGAAAAAUUCAUUUUCUCCAUACGCCAUCGCAUUUAUUUCGAAUUUUCUCGAAAUAAUCGAAAUGUUUUUUGAUAUAUUCCAAAAAAAUUAUCAAUUUUUUAAUUUUUUCAACCUGUAUGUUAAUAAAAUUUUAAAUACGAACUUUUGUUUUCGAAACUGUUGUUCCAGAGGUUCAUUUGAACUACUCUCAAAGUUUGACAGCUAAAGAAACAUGAAUCGGUAUAUUUGAAGGUUCAUUUGAACUACUUUUAACGUUUUCGCAGCUGCCAAGACAAUUCAAAUAUGGCGUUUCAUUUGAACUACUCUCAACGUUUUAUAGCUAAAAAGACAUGGAUUGAAAUAUUCAAAGGUUUUCCAAAUUUAUGGUCAACUAGACGUUAUUUUGCACUUUUAAAUAUCCAUUUGAACUAUUUUUAGACUUUCACAGCUAAACAGACAUUAUUUUGAACAUUCUAAGGUUCAUUUAAACUACUCUCCGAGUUUUCCAGCUGAAUGAACAUUAAUUUGAACUACUUUUCAAAUUACGGAAUGAGUCGAUUUAUUUGAACUAUUUACUCAAUUUGAAGGUAUAUUUGAACUACUUUUAUCAAUUCAGUAGUCAUUUUUUUAUAUAUAUAGCGAGUAUUUGAACUACUUUCUCAUGUUGGACGUUAACAGAUAAAUUUUCCGAAUUUUGUUUUCGUCCUUUAUCCUUUUCGAAUUAACUUAACGUUGUAUGUUUAAUGUAGAUUGAGAAAAAAAAAAUUAUUGAAAAUAUCAGAAAAAGGACCGAUUAAUUUUCGACCGACGUUUCGAUGCGUCUCAAUACAUCUUCAAAUCGUUUGGAAUUUUCUACAUUUCAAAAUCCGAUCCGCAAUAGUGUCAUUUUUGACGUAAAAGAUGAAGCUGUACAUAAAAUAAUGCUCAAUCUAAUUCAAUAAAUAUUAAGUAUUAAAAAUAAUCGUAAUCGUUGAAAAAAUUUUUCAUUUUUCAUUAAUUAUUCAACCACAUAUAUUAUUUCUACUUACCCUCGUAUAUUCGAAUUUUAAUAAAACGAUUUUAUUUUUUUUAUACAUAUACAAUCGAUUUUUUUUCAAAUAUAAUCGAGAUAUUCAAUAAUUUUCGACUGAAGGAUAUGAAUCUUUUAAUUUUUUUUCAUUUGCUCACACUGUAUAUUAACCAAUUUUUAAAUACAAACGUUUCGUUUACAAACCUAUUUGAUUAUUAUUCAAAAUUAAAGGUUUUUUAUGGAAAUUUCGAAUGCUCAUCCGAACUACUCUUCAAAUUUAGGAUUCCUCAAACGUUUUUUUUUUAGAAAUUUCGAAUGUUCAUUUGAACUACUCUUCAAAUUUAGGUUUCCUCAAACGUUGUUUUUAGAAAUUUCGAAUGUUCAUUUGGACUACUCUUCCAAUUUAGGAUUCUUCAAUUCCCCAUUGGAAUGUUCAUUCGAACUACUCUUCAAAUUUAGGUUUCCUCAAAUGUUGUUUUUGGAAAUUUUGAAUGUUCAUUUGAACUACUCUUUGAAUUUAGGAUUUCGCAACGUUUUUUAUGGAAAUUUCGCAUGUCCAUUCGAACUACUCUUUAAAUCUAGAAUUCCUCUGACAUUUAGAAGUUAAUUUGAACUAUUCUAUUAAGUCGGAGUUGAGUAUACGUUUUUCUCAAAUAUUUAUUUCUAAUAUCCAUUAGAAGAUUUAUUAGAACUAUUUUUGAAGUUUCGCAGCUGAGCAGACGUUAAUAAUUUACACAGUUGAAGUUCGUUUGAACUACUCCAAUAGUUUCAUAGAUGAAUAAACAUUAAUUUGUCCUACGAUUGAAUGUUAAUUUGAACUACUUUCUACCAUUUUUUUAUAUAUUUUAACAAUUUAUUCAAUUCGGAGCCGAAUAGACAUUAAUUUGAAUGUUAAUUCGAACUACUUUUCAAAGUUUUUAAACAUUUAAAUGUUCAUUUGAACUACUUUAAGAGUUUCGAUUCAAUUUAAUUUAUAUAAAAGGAAAAUAACGAACUUUCGUUAUGAUAUGUGGUUGAAAUAAGGUAAAAUUCAAAAUUCAGUUGGAAAAAAAAUUACCUACAAUUUUAUUUUAUGAAAAUCGCGAUAAAAAAUCUUUUAUAUGAUUUGGGUAAGUUGUAACCAAUCUCAAAUCACAUCCUGAAGGAAGGUUUAAUGCAGAAAUCAAAUUUUUGUUUUUAUCUAUGUAGGUUUUGAUUAAAAAUUGGCGCAGCUAAUAGGAUUCACCGAAACAUCAACAUUAUCGUCUUGAUAAUAAUUUUUUUUCCUAAAUAACGAGAUUAGAAGAUGAAAAAUAUUGAUUAUCACAAGAAUACAUCAUCACAAAUAAUAAAUAGUCAAUGAUAGAAUAUCGUAAGGCUUACUUUUUGAAAAUAAUCGAAAAAUAAAAAUUAAAAGCUGCAAAAAAUUGAUAGUUUCAACUAUAUACGGUUAUCCUUGAAAAAUAUUUUCACUUGAGUAUAAAUCAGGAGCGUUUGGAGGUUUCUUUAUGUAAUUUCGGUUAUAAUUCUUGUUCAAUUUUAUCAAUUUUAUGCAGAUUUGAUCUAGCAAUAAUUAUUAUUAAUUUACUCGGACAGCUCAUCGCUUUUUUUAUCUAAUAAUUUUAUUUGUGAUAUAUAAUAUUUUAGGUAAAAAUUCAAUUAUUUUUUUAUAUAAUCGAUUUUUUUACAUAUACCGCUGAGAUUACUGUUAUUUUAUCGUUUAUAUAUAUAUAUAUAUAUAUACACUCGGUAUAAUAAGGUGACUAAAUUUAAUUAAUUCCUUAUUUACAAAAAAUUUGAAGUUUUUCGUAUAUCCCCUGUAUUAAUAUCAAAUUCAUACCACAGCUAUAAUUUUUUCAAUUAUCCCUCGUAUUAACAUUUUUGAAAAAUUUUAAUUUCGGCAUUUGAUUUUUUUUGAUAAUUAAACUUGGUCACCCUGUAAAUAUUUGUAUCCAUUCUGUAUUAUUAUGUAUGUAUUUGCUUUUAAUUGUUUGUACUUUUGUGUAUAUUUAUAAAGCUGUGAAGUUUUGCUAAAAAGUUAUGUUUAUUAAAAUAGAAGAAGAAUAAAUGAUGCAUUUAAGACUGAAAA